AUAUGUAAUUAAUUAAUAUACUUAUUGGGAAUUAGAUUUAGGUUACAUACAGGGAUACAAUUAGAAAAUUAAGAUCAUAUCUUAAACUCGAUAGGUAGCCAUGAAGGCACUUAAGGCAUGAGCGUACAGGCUUUGGUUGCGUGAAGCUAAGUCAUAAUUCUCGCUAGUCGAUCACCAUGGCAUGGGAAUCUCUCAAUUCUUGGUUAUCCUUUCCCUAAAAUAUGGAAUAUUUAUUAGUACGUAAGUAGGUUACUUAAUUAUUAUUUUUGUUUUUGUUUUGAAUAAUAAGCUUAUAAAUGGCCUGUGAUAGACAUGGCUCCAGUACUGUGUAGUCGAUCGAUCAACAACUAUGAAUAUUCCCAAGCUCAUGUUCAGACUAGUCUUUGGAAAUGUCAUCGCUACGUUCUUCUUCUUUUGGUCGCCAAUGAGUAAAGUAAAACAAAUCAUAAAGAACAAGUUUACAGAGCAGCUCUCAAGCAUUUCGUACCAGAUCACUUUUUUCAAGCGCCUCCUUUCUGCUUGGUAUCGCUUGCCCUAUGUGUCACCAAACAACAUUUUCAUAUCAAGCAUCAAUGGCAUUGGUGCAGCUAUUGAAGCCAUGAACCUGCUCAUCCUCAUGAUGUUUGCCCCGAAGAGUGAGAAGGAACAACUUCUUGAAUUGCUCCCGUUUGUAUUCUCGUUUAAGCACGAUGAGAAAUCCAAAGAAUUAUCUAAACCACACUAAACAGAAUAUGAAACGUUUGGGUUUCAUCAUGGUAAUUAAAGUGAUGGAAGAAUAAGUAAUCAAAACUACGAUAAUACAAUUCAUCACAGUGUUGUAAUUUGAUAUAUAUGGAAUACAUCAAUGAAUGAAGUAAUGGUUUCAAAUGAGGACCAGACCAGAAGAGUGGUUCUAGUAUUGAUUUGUCCUUGUAUCAAAGUAUUCUCGUUUGUAAACCAAGUGAUGAAGUCACAAUUUUGGCG